GUGUGUGUGUGUGUGUGUGUGUGUAAGACAGCGGCUCGCGAUGUCCACGCUCUCCACCGCUGUUCUGGUGAUCCGAUAGUUGUGAAAAGCCACCACUAGUCGCCCCCAGUGCUCUUGCAGUCUCAAAUUUUCCUUUCCCACUGUAGACUUAACGUCACGUCCGCACUUGAACUUGAAUUUUAUCCCAUUGUACGGAGGCAGCCCUCGCCACAGAGCGACAGAGAGCUCCCGGAGACACAGGACUCCGCCAUCUUCAUACAGGCAGAAAAGGGGAAAAAACCUCGCAGGUCUUCAUUCAUCUGGAAAGGAGGUGGCAAGUCCGUAUCCCUGGUCUCCGGUCCGCAAAGCCGAAUAGGGGGAGCAAGUGCAAAGAGUUGGAGGGAGUGAGAAGUAACCGGGCAUCGCAUGCAAUAGUGCCCUGGAAAGAAGAACUGUCCGGCGCUUAGCGCACUGAAGUGUACACUCAAGGAGAAUUUGGAUUCAUCCAAUUUAAUAAGUAGUUUUUUUCUUUCUUAAAUUAUUAUUUAGACUUAAAGAAAAUAUUAAUUGCCUAUGACAAUUCUAUAAGCCGCUGACUUGACGAAGAGAACCACUUUGGUGUCCAACCUCUCCAAACGCACCGGGCAUCGCGUUCUGAUUUACUUCACAAGCUCCAAGAGACAUUUACAGUGGUUUCUUCACAACUGUCACUCAAAGGCGUGAAACUUCAAGGAUAUUUUUUGGUUGCCCUCAUCGCACAACAGAAGCGCAUGUGUGUGUGUCGGUGAGAUACUGAGCGUCUGCGCGUCUCUGGUCAUCUGGAGCUCCGGAGCGCAGAGACACUUUCUCUUUCCUCACGUUCAAGGGACGUCUGUCUACAUCCACGGCCCGGAGCUGUGGCACUUCUGUGGAAGUCCCGGGAAAAGUUAGUUAGUGAGGGGGGACGAAGCCCACGGACACGGAGGAAAGAAGAAGCGAGCCGACUAUUCCUUGUGCUGGUCUCCGGGCGAUGCCAGUGUAAAUGCCAGGGCAAUGUCCCGUCGCAAGCAGGGAAACCCUCAACAUUUGUCGCAAAGAGAAAUUAUAACACCAGAAGCUGAGCAUGUGGAUGCCGGACUGGCCGUGGCCGAUCUCCACCCUCACCCGCUGCUGGACCCCAGCAUGGCCGGGCAUCUGCCCCCGGGCCUGGGUGACCACGACCUCCUCACCUGCGGUCAGUGCCAACUAACCUUCCCACUGGGAGACAUCCUGCUCUUCAUCGAGCACAAGAAAAAACAGUGCCAGUCUCUGCCGGCCGGCCACGGGUGCUACGACAAGAUGGCGGACCGCAACAGCCCCUCGCCGCCCCGCGCCGAGCUGAGGAAAGUGGUGGAACCGGUCGAAAUCGGAAUCCAGGUGACACCAGAAGAAGAGGACGAGAGACUGUUGACGCCCCCAAAAGGAAUUUGCCCUAAGCAAGAAAGUGGCCUGGCAGGUAGAGAUGAACCUUCAAGUUACAUAUGCACGACGUGCAAACAGCCCUUUACCAGCGCCUGGUUCCUUCUGCAGCACGUUCAGAACACGCACGGGAUCCGCAUUUAUUUGGAAAGCAACCCAUCCAAUACCUCCUUAACCCCACGGAUCACCAUUCCUCCUCCCAUUGGUGCUGAGUCUAUACCACAGUCCCCACUAACCAGCUUUUUGGGGGACAAUAACCCCUUCCACCUCCUAAGGAUGUCUGGACCCCUACUCCGGGAGCCCCCACCAGGUUUCGUGGAAAGCCGCCUCCCCAAUACGCCUCCCUUCGUCAGCCCCCCUCCCCGCCAUCACUUAGAUCCCCAUCGCCUAGAACGCCUUAGCGCAGAGGAAAUGGGUAUAAUCUCCCAACAUCCCAGUGCCUUUGAGAGAGUGAUGCGCAUGACACCCAUGGCCAUGGAGUCUCAGUCUAUGGAUUUCUCCCGUCGGCUAAGGGAGCUUGCUGGAAACAACAACUCCACUCCACCGCUGUCACCGAGUCGUGCCAACCCUAUGCAUCGCCUUCUCAAUCCCAACCCUUUUCAGCCCAGCCCGAAAUCGCCCUUUCUGAACACCCCUCCAUUGCCCCCCAUGCCCCCUAAUAGCACCACUCCUCCACAGAUACAGGGCAAGUCAAAGUCCUGCGAGUUCUGUGGGAAAACUUUCAAGUUUCAGAGUAAUCUUGUUGUACAUCGGCGAAGCCACACGGGCGAAAAACCCUACAAGUGCCAAUUGUGUGACCACGCCUGUUCUCAAGCUAGCAAACUGAAAAGGCACAUGAAGACCCACAUGCACAAGUCCGGCUCCAUGACGGGCCGCUCCGAUGAUGGUCUUUCCACUACUAGCUCACCCGAGCCGGGCACCAGUGAUGUCACUGGAGAGGGAAUGAAAAACAGAGAUGGAGACUUCAGAGGUGAGGGCAUGGGGCCUGACAACGAAGAGGAGGAGGAAGAGGAAGAAGAGGAAGAGCUGGAAAAUGAGAGCAGGCCUGAGUCAAAUUUUAGCAUGGAUUCUGAGUUCUGUCGAAAUAGAGAAAAUGGCUCAAAGCCACCUUCAGAUGAUAAAAAUCUUUCCUUGGGUAAAAUGGUAGAAAAUGCGGGACUCAGCUCCAUCCAGCAGUACAGUAACUUAAUAGUUGACAAUCGGAAAAGGCUUCCGUUCUCCAAAAGGGGUUCAGAUGUGCAGAGGGGCGAUGACGAUUCGGUAGUGAGGGAAAUGGACCAAGUGGAGCGGGCAACUGUAAACGGAAGGAACUGUGGAUCUGGCGACUCUUUCUCAGGCCUGUUUCCCCGCAAGCCCACUCCUAUCACCAGCCCUAGCCUCUCUAACUCUUCUAACAAGAGGAUCAAAAUAGAGAAGGAUUUGGACAUGCCCCCAGCUCCCCUAAUCCCGUCCGAAAAUGUCUACUCCCAGUGGCUGGUGGGCUACGCCGCAUCUCGUCACUUCAUCAAAGAUCCCUUUCUUGGCUUCACUGAUUCCAGACAAUCUCCAUUCGCCACCUCCUCGGAGCACUCGUCCGAAAACGGCAGCCUGCGAUUCUCCACGCCGCCAGGGGACCUGCUGGACGGGGGCCUCUCCGGCCGCAGCGGUACCGCUAGUGGAGGCAGCACUCCGCACUUGGGUGGGGGACCAGGACCCGGCCGACCCAGCUCCAAAGAGAGCCGAAGGAGUGACACCUGCGAGUACUGCGGGAAGGUGUUCAAGAACUGUAGCAAUCUGACAGUGCACAGACGCAGUCACACAGGCGAGAGGCCCUACAAGUGUGAGCUUUGCAACUACGCCUGUGCCCAGAGCAGCAAGCUCACCCGCCACAUGAAGACGCACGGCCAGCUCGGUAAGGAAGUGUACCGCUGUGACAUUUGCCAAAUGCCCUUCAGCGUCUACAGCACGCUCGAGAAACACAUGAAAAAGUGGCAUGGGGAACAUUUGAUGACGAAUGAGGUCAAAAUUGAACAAGCAGAGAGAAGCUAAGCCAGAUUUCCUAUUUUGCCUCACAAUUCCUUGAUUCUAAAAGGGGUAGCUGGAUACUCUGUUUUUUUAGUUUGGUUGUUUUGUUUGGUUGCUUGUUUGUUUGUUUUCAAGUUAAUGGUUUGAGUUAGAUUUGUCCUAAAAAACUGCCAUCUGAGAACGAUAAAGACAUUAAAGAAGAGGAAAAAUGCAAAAAGAAAAGGAAAAUUUAAUUCGGAGCUGGUCUAAAUCGCCUAUUUUGACUUUUAUUUGUAGUGGAUACAUUAGUCAAUAUUUUAAAUGGAGCCUUUAACUGUGCAAUAAUUUCUGUAUUUAUUGGAUUUUUUAAGUGUUUUGGCAUGUGCAGGUUCAUUUUUAUUUCAUCAUUUUUUAUUCCAUUGUCUUACAUUUUGUUUUAAAUACUGAGAUUUUGCUUUUAAACCCAAGAGACAUCCUGAGAUUUUUUUUACUUAGAGUAUCGUUUGAGAAAUCCAUAGGCCGCUGCUUACGAUGUAGGUUAUUUAAGCUACACAUGUAAUUUCUUGAAGAGAAGCCGCAUCUGAUCUUCAAAUUUCAAACUGAGAAAGCUAUUUUUUCUUUUCAUUUACUUUUUUUGUUUAUUAUUCAUACUUAUUAAAUGAGCGGACAACAAUCCUUAGGCCGUGUAGUAUGAACUGAUCUUUAAACAUGUCAACCUAAUUGGGUAUGUAGCACUGAAUGUCAGUUCUAACAGUUAAUCUAAAGAGGACUGUGGGGCUGAAAACCUUUGUCAACUCUUCAGGUCCGAAAUCAGGGAGAGGAGACUAUAAAACAAACAAUAGCCAAGGCAGCUGCUUCUUGGUACCUAGUACCGACCCAGACAACGCUAGUAAUAGAACCUUCUCUAAUCGGUCUCACUCCAAUCGUUCAUAGAGAAUUUUAAUCCCCAGCACCCUUUCCAUAGACAUUGCACUUAAUCAAAGCAGUUUGAUUUCGCUGAACAGCACAAUAGUGGGUAGAAGAAAGAUGGCUUCAUGGCUCUUUUUGUGAGCUUUAAAACAACUCAGGGUGAGCUGCAUAGCUACUUCUGCCAAGUCCGCUAUCUGAUCUCAGCCGUCUUCUCUGAUAAAAUAGUCCAGUCUUCUGUUUCAGGUCAUUCACAGCCCUUGUCCGCACACUUCACAGUACACUGCCAGCCCCCCCCCCCCUAAAUUUCAUGAAUCAACUCAAUCGUUCACAUAAAAGUGGCUUUUCAGUUAAAGGGGUAGUUCAUCUAAAAAUAAAAAAUCUCUUUAUUGAAACAUAAUUUACGGUCCUCACCCGAAUCUGUAUGACUUUCUUGCAUGAAAUUCAAAAUUUCCAAGCUACCUUUUUCCAUACAGUGAAAUUGAAUGGUGACCACAGCCAUCCCUGGUCUCCAUCCACAUCAAUGCCAUCAUUUUAUGGAAAAGCACAAGAUGAACAAGCUGCUAAACAGUUUAGUUUUGUUCCAUGCAGGAAAGAAAGUCACACGGUGACUUGGGUAAACAUUUCAAAUUUCAGAUGAACUAUCCCUUUAAGUUAAACAUACAGAGGAACAUUUUACACACUAUGAGAGCGAAUUACACACAGACACACCACACAAACAAAAGAGUGUGAGAUACAGAAAGAGAGAGAGAGAGAGAGAGAGAGAGAGGUCUGUACAGUCCAAUUCGGGUUUGUAAAGCUAAGAGCACAUUAGUCCAAAGCCACCAUUGUGUUUUUCAUUGACAUUUAAAUCUGAACACUUUUCUUUUGCAUUUCGUUCUGUUGUUUCAUUUAUGGGGUUUCAUUAGGGUCUGCAGUUAGGGAGUUACCACUUUAACCAGAUUAGAUGGUAAUUAAUUCAAGUAUACUUUGAGUAAUACUGUCAUUCUAUUACAAUGUUUCUUAAAUCACUUGAAACAGCCCUAUGCAUUUUUGUACAUAUAUCUAUAUAUAUAUUUAUCAGUCAUUUUGAGAAACAAAUUUAUACUGCAUAGCAAAUCUGAUUAUAGACUUAAAUCGUGUAUGCUAUUGAGUUAUCUGGUUAAUCUGGUCAUGUCCCGUUUGUUAGAACCAUCAGCAGCUUAGUCAAUUGCACAGUAAGAGUGUUUGUCAUGACCUGUUGAGCGUGUGCUAAAACAGUAAGACAUUUUUUUUCUUUCUUUCCUCUCAUUUAGGACUUCCUGUGAUGUGUAGUUGAGAGCAUUCUCAGAAGUAGCAACACGCUUACAGAAUGCACAGCUGAUUUUUCUCUUUUCUUUCCUCUUCUAUUCUUUUUUAUUUUUAUUAAAAAGGGCUGUCUCUGUCACACACCUGUUUUGUUGCCAGUUAAACACCCUUUUUCGACAAGAUGCCCUAACACCACAAAUGAUUGAACUGAGGGAAUAUUGUGGUUUCAAAAAGAAUAUAAUAAUCAAGCGAGAGAGCGAAAGAAAGAAAAGUAAACAUACACAGCUCUUUGCAGUUGACCCGCACUUUAUUAUUUUGAUUUCCAUAUUUGAAAACAACAGAGAAACGGCUUCUGAACAAGAAAUUAUGUUCAAAAAUGGAUUUAUUGGGCCUUGCUAGUGGGAGCAUUUGAGAUUGAAGUGCCAGCGUUGAUAGGCUUGGCUUUCACAAUGCUGGCACUAUAAAAAAUGAAAUUAAUUUAUUUGGACAGUUUUUGUACUGCCAUUCAAUUUGACAUGAGUGUGCCUUGAAUACUGAUCUUCCUAUUUAUUGUCUUAUAAGACAAAUGCAACGCUUUUGUGAAGCAAAGGAUUUAAAAAAAAUUGAGUCCAUGUGGUUUUAAUUUGCUUCUAAAACAAUAAUGAUAAAACAGAUAUCACAUCAUUUAAAGUUAAAUUAAAAGUAGCCAGCACAAUACUAAUGUGUGUCUAUGUGUGUAUAUAUGUAUGCAUAUGUACAUAUAACUGCACAAAAACACACACAAUAGACAAAUAUAUAUAUAGUAUAUAUAUAUAUAUAUAAAUAUAUGUACAAUUUUUUCACUUCAGGACUAGACUGCGUCCCUUGAAAAUAAUGGAUGACUUUUUUGCUACAAAUAGUUACUAAAGAGACUGGACAAAAAUCAGGAACUACAGAAUCUUUAAAAAAGACAAAAAAAAAAGGAAAAAAGAAAAAGUAAAACGUUUAGUGCACUCUGUCUUAAAAUACGUUUACAGUAUUGAAACAAGUACAAGGGUAAAAUGAUAUGUCUGUGUAUGUGUGUUUUAAACAAACAAGAAUUUUUCUUUUCUUUUUUCCAAGUUUGCUUAUAAAAAUUUUCUGAAUGCCAUAGUGGCGUGUGUAUAUUGUUUUUUUUUGGUGAUGGGAUUUUAAGUAUAUAUAUAUACUUUUAAGUAUAUAUAUAUUAUGACAUUUCUUGUUUACUGUAAAAGUAUACCAGUAUUUGUAAUAUUGGAGAAUGCCUGGGCAUUUUACAAAAAAAAGAAAAGAAAAAAUAUAUUUUUUCCCAACUAUAAUUUCUGUCUUUUUCUUUUUUUUUUAAGUUUCAUUUUGCAGUCCAAUUUAAAUUGUGGUCUCUAAAAUGUUUUGUCACUGUAACUGUAAAAGUCUUGAGUUUUAGUAAUUUUUAUCUGCCUUGGGUGUAAAAAAAUAAAGAUUAAAUUGAAUAAAAGAGAAUUGCUAACAGAAUCUGUAGGCGAAAGGGCCAGCGAUAUUAUACAGAAAGAUGUUUACAGGAGAAAUACAGAGGUUCCUGUUAUGUAUAUCUUUCUGGUUUCUUCUUCAUUAAUGGAUUUUCUUAAUGGCUGGAAUGAAAUACAUGUGUAGGCACUAUGAUGUAUGUGUGUGUGAGUGUGUGUGUGCGCGUGUGUAUAUAUAGACUGUAUAUGUACACACAUUUGGCAGGAUACAAUUGUGAAAAUUGAAAUUAAAAUGUACAGAUGAGUUUAAGAGAUUGUCUGACCUUUUACUGUAGCUACAUAUACAACAGUAAAUGUUUUGUUCACUCUUAUCUUGGUUGUAAAUAAUUUUAUAUGCUUGCCCAGUCUUUGUUUUGUUUUCUCUGAUGGAUCCUUUGACUAUUUUUAUUUUUUAAACAAAGCCCCAUCAUUUCUCUGAUUCGGGGCUUCAUACAUGAUUUAUGGGGCCUGUGAAGUGCAGGUCUUCUAGCAUGAGAAGAAUAGAGCACAAAUACAACAUGUUGUCCAAGUUAUUAUUGGUCAUUUUGUCAUUUUCUAAUCAGGAAGUAAAGAAAAGGUCUGGAACGUUUAUAAGGUCUCUCUCUCUCUCUCUCUCUUUCAAAUUUUCUUCUCAAGCACAUACACACAGGAAAUACACACAUUCAUAACAUUACUAAAUAAUCAACAUAGUCAACUCUAAGGGGACUUUCAAGCGUGUAGGUAACAGGAUAGCCAAGCCAAACCUCAUUCUACAUAGAAGGUUUGCUAAUUGUCUGCAAUUCAGAUCAAAGCUUUUUGCUUCUGACCAAAGGCUACAAUUAAAGAGUUACUAAAAUUGACCACACUCAUACAGACGUGAAUCAAUCAAGCUGACCCCACCGUGUAUAUUUUCAAACCCUUCCCAGAAUGCAUUAAUCUUGGAUUAACGUGGCAUCUAAGAAAAGAUGUGACACUGUUUGUCCACUCAUUUAUACAGUACAUUCAUCUCAAACUGCAGAUUAUGUUCACUUGUUGUUUUUGAAAACCGCCCUUCUGUGUAUAUUUUAGUCUUUUUUCCCUCCCAUAUUUCUUCUGAGCAUUAGAAGCUGAUGCCCCUUGUUUGGACUGAAGCAACUUUGGUAUGCAGGUCUUGAAUAAAAAGAAAAAUAAUUUUUA